UAUUAAUUUCCUUCAGAUGAGGUAAUAAAAUGUUAUAAAAUAGUUAAAGGAGAGCUUAAAUAAAAAAUUAGUAAACAGUAUUAAAUCCUUUGAGUAAAUUUAUAAAAGAAAAUCCAAAUGCUUAAAUUACAGAAGUGUUAGAUCAAGAUGAUUAGUGGGAUUCAAAAUAGAAUGGUAAAAUAUUUGGUGAAUAGUAAAAAUUUGAGUAAAUAAUUAGCGUAACAUAAUAUCCAGAACGCUUUUGGGAAAUGUUAAAAAUAAUAUAUAACUCAGAAGAUGUAGAUGUUGAAAAUAUUUAAAAAAAGUAAUAUCUGAAAAGAUUCUAGGUAUCCUUUUUUUAUAAGCGAAAUAAUUGGAAGAAAGGAGGAAUUUAUUAUUGAUUAUUUUUUUUAUUCAAAAGGUCCAGAAUAAUGUGAAUCCCUUAAUUUUCUGUUUAAAACAAUUGAUAGGGAUUGCAUCGAUUACACCUAAGCAGGCUAUUUUUGUAAAAUUGUAAAAGCGAUCAUAGACAAGAGAGGAUUUGAUGUAAUUCUAUUAAAAUAAGUUUAAGCUUUGGUAAUAUUUAAUAAAUCCACAAAAAGAGAGUAAAAAUGUAUUAGAGGAUUUUAUUAAACAUUUAGAUGUUUUCCAUAUAGCAGAUAUAUUAUUCAACCUAAUUCGAUUUGAUACAAUUAGAAAUGAAGGUGAUGAUGUAUUUUUAAAUCAGAGGAUAUCUUUAUUACUUCGCAUUAUUGACAGUAUGUAAUAAAAAAGUUAUAAUUCUUUGAUUGUGGAAAAUGUUUGUUAUAUUUUAAAAAAUCUUUUGACAGAGACAAACGAAAUAAAAGAAAAAGAACAAUUUAUAUCUAGUAUAUUGAAUUCAAAGCUUCAGUUUAGUUGUUUUGUAUGAAAAAUUUUAAUUUAUUUAGCCAACUAGUAAAUCAAGUGAAUUGAUUGAUUUAUUGAUAGUAAUACUUGAGCAAAUUUGGCAAGAUCAUAAUUUUGUAAAUUAAUAAGGCAAAUAUAACUAUUACUUAUUAUAAGAAUUUAGUUAUAAUUUAGUAGAUUUGCUUAAAAUAGAAUUAAAUUUGCGUAAUUAAUUUUUUUACAUUAAUAGCUCCAUUUCAGACUUCUUAUGGGACGUAUUAGAUACCUUUAGGAUAAUUCAAAAUAAAAUUAAUAGAAUUUUAUUGUAAAGUAUUAAAACAAAAUAAUCUAAAUAUAAUAAACUAUUUUUAACAUUAGAAUAUCUGUUUUACAAUUAUGGAAUUGAUUUAGAAACAUUAUUUUAAUAAUUCAAUUUAGAAUCUAUUUUUAGAGAUUGUUGAAUAAGUAAUGCAAAAUGAGGAUCAAAUUGAAAUUCGUUAGGCAUACAUAGAUGCAAAUAUUUGUGGAUUUUUAUAAUAUCUAAACUAUUAUGAAAGAUAACAAGUAGGAUAAAUAAAAAAAUAGAUAACAAUAGGUUUUUAAGGAAUGGUUAAUAGGCUUUCAUAUUUAUUGAAAAAUGAAUUUAAAGAAGAAUCAUGGUAGAAUUACAUUAAUAGGUUAUAAAAUAUAUUUUAAAAUGAAAAUUCUUAUUUGUUAGGAUAAAAUCCAAAUUGUAUAGAGGAUGAGGAAACUACAACAAAUUUAAUUUCAUCUUUGAUAAGUGAUACUAAUAGUAGUUAUAUGAUUGAUUAAAAUCUUCAGUAAAAUAGACAAUAAAUCAUUUAACAAUUUGGAGAUAUAUCAAAUUAAAAAUAAAUUUUACUUGAGGAAAGGCCAAUUAAUCCAGUAACAGUCUAAAAUUUUGAUGAGUCUAAUAACAGUGAUUAACCCAAAUCUAUAGUAAAGUUUGGGGAUAUUGAUUAUUUUAAUUAAUUAAUUGAAGAUAAUAAUAAUUAAAAAAUUGAAGAUAACAAUAAUUAACCCAUUGUAGAUAAUAAUAAUUAAAAAAUUAUAGAUAAGAAUAAUUCACAAAUUGAAGAUAAUAAUUAAAAAAUUGAAGUUACUAAUAAUUAAAAAAUCGAAAAUAAAAAUAAUUAAAUAUUUGAAAUUACAAAUAAUAAAACAAAUAUUGAAAAUAGUAAAGAAAUACAAACUAGUAAUUAUAUUUUUCAUUUUAGAAUUAAUCGAAGACGUGUCAAAAAAACCCUUUGUUAAUCCAGAUUCUCCAGAUAUUCUUGUGAAUCAUUGGAGAAAAAAGAAUUUAAGAUUAUGUAGAAGUUCGAAUGUUAGUGGAGAGCUAAAUGAUGAUCAUAUACAAACUAGAACAAAAAGUAAGACAUAAUGCUUUAAAAAAUAAAAUUCUGAAUAUUUUCCAAAAAGAAAAUAAUCAGAUCAUUCUGAGAAUUAUAAAAUUAAUUUAGAAACGAAGCCAGAAAAAAGAAAGUUCGAAAUGUUAGCUUAAACGUAAUCAUAAGAACUUAAUUAUUAAAAGAUAUGAU